UUGAUGCCCUGAGAAAUGAGUGGGGCUUGUUUCUGCUCAGUGUCCCCACUCAAAGGAUGAGGUAGCAGAGGACUAUGUGCUAUUGUUUUUUCUGGUGAGGAGGCCCCAACGUCCUCAAAAGCAGAAACAGGAGGCGUGGAUCUCUGAAGGAAUCCUGGAACCUCCCCAGCCAUCCAGCGCUAUUCCCCACCCUUGAGAGAGAUUUGGGGUUCCAGUCCCCUCGGUAGCUUCCCUUUCUUCCCCCAAGCAUCCAGACACCAUCAUCCUGUCCCACCUCAGGCCCAGACCAGGUACUCAGAUACUGACAGGAUGUAGUCAGGUAGGGAUCAAGGAUGGUCUUAACCUGUCUCCUGACCACACCCCAUCCCUUUUAGAUCCUUUUCCUUGAGAGUUGUAAUUGGCCAGAAUAAACAAACUGUUGGGGAGGGGGAGGAACCGCACCCUCCGCUUUUUUUCUUCCCUUCUUUUUACCUGCUUCCCUUCUAUCAGUGGCCAGUGCCCUUUUCUCUGGUCUCCUGGGGCAACGUGGUCGCACAGAGCCGUUGCCCUUUUAAGACAGGCCCCGCCCACGCGGGGGUGGGGCAGGGGCGGAGUCGGAGGAGUCCGGGUGGGAACAAAGCGCGGCCUGCGGGCGGCGGCUGGGCUCUGCUGGCGGGGCUACGGGGUGCGGGGCCUGCGGGUGGCGGCCCGGGCGGAGCGUUGGAGAAAAGGAGGCGGCAUCAUCCUCUGGUACCCGCCCGGCCAUGAAUGGGCUGCCCUCUGCCGAGGCGCCGGGCGGCGCGGGCUGCGCCCUGGCUGGUCUCCCGCCGUUACCGCGCGGCCUCAGCGGUCUUCUCAACGCGAGCGGGGGCUCGUGGAGGGAGCUGGAGCGCGUCUACAGUCAGCGCAGCCGCAUCCACGAUGAGCUGAGCCGAGCCGCCCGCGUCCCGGACGGGCCCCGCCAAGCCACUGGCGCCGCCAACGCGGGAACUGCCGCUGGUCAUCCUGGCCCGCGUCGCCCCAUCAACCUCGACUCGGCGCUAGCGGCGCUGCGCAAGGAGAUGGUGGGCCUGCGGCAGCUGGACAUGUCCCUGCUGUGCCAGCUGUGGGGCCUGUAUGAGUCGAUCCAGGACUAUAAGCACCUGUGCCAAGACUUGAGCCUGUGCCAGGACCUGUCAUCCUCUCUGCACUCAGACAGCUCCUACCCACCCGACGCUGGCCUGUCUGAUGACGAGGAGCCUCCAGAUGCUAGCCUGCCCCCAGACCCGCCACCCCUCACUGUGCCCCAGACACACAAUGUCCGGGACCAGUGGCUGCAGGAUGCCUUCCAUAUCAGCCUCUGAGAGCUGGGAGGGUGGGGGCAUGCACCCACAAAAAAGGCUCAGAAACACCCUUCAGCGAGUACUCAGACUAUAGUGCCUGCUUUCCCCAUACCACCUCACCUCACAGGAGGGCAAGGUCUGGGCCCCACGAAGGCAAAGCUGCCUACCCUCUCAUGUCUUGGGUUAGUUGGCACUGGGGCGGGUACCUGGGCUAUAGCCUCUGCCCAUGGCACUGGACCUCCACUUGUCCCACCUGUGGGACCUCCAGCGUGGCCGACCUUCAGUCUGGCAGUGGGGUCCAAAGCACUUUCCUUGGCACCUCUGGGACUGGGAUUGAGUGGCCUGGUUCCUGUCUCUUCACCUUCGCUGCUGUUGGCAGCUGCUGGCUCAGGGGCAUCCCACCUCUGGCCCCUGGGUUCCACUGCCCUAGACAGGGGCUCUCCAGGACCCAUUCCUGCACCAUCCAAGGUCAAGAGGGCCAAGAAUCCGUGCUGGAUAUUUAAGUUUAGGGGUCAGCCUCUUUGACUCAUAGAUAAAUAAAUACUGUCUCAGCA